GAGUUAUUGUUUCUGAUUGUCCUUGCAUUUCCGAAUACUUCCAAAACGGGUUGGCCUGGAUCACCUGCUCCUCGAGGUUACCACGCGCCUGUGCAUGACAUGACAUAACAUAUUUAAAUAGUGACAAUAACAAUGGACACUUGUAGAAAGCUCUACCCAGCACACAAUGAACAGUGCUAUAAUUAUUUCUUAGUUUGGGUGUACAAAUUCUUUAUAAUUAUGUCUAAAACUACACAAAAUUAUAAUUUUGUGGUAUCAAUUAACAUGAGCUGCUCUCAGUGUCAUAGAAAGUGAGGGAUGACAUUCCAAUUUAAUUGAGCCGUAAUAAUAUUACAUAAUUAUUAUUAAUAAAUAUAUUAUGUCAUGUCAUGCACAGGUGCGUGGUAACCUUGAGGAACAGGUGAUCCAGGCCAACCCCGUUCCGUUGCCUAUAUAAUUAUGGCAUAUACCCGUACUACCACAUGCACAAGACCACUAUUGAUUGCGGAAUUCUUGAUAUUUUCUUAAUGCUUGUCAAAUUUAACAAUUUUGUUGCGGAUAUCUUGUUAAUAUGUAAAUCCUCCUCCUCCAGUAUCACACACAUGCACCCACAUGUUAUACAUGUUAUACAUGCAUUAUGUUCAUACAACCACAAACAAAAUUCCGUACAUUGAGCUCGAUUAUGAGUAAUUAUAGUUGCUAUGUCUAGAUUGUUUUAAGCAUAAUUAUACCUAACAGAGGUAUAUACAUUGAGUUGGAGACAAUGGCCAAAGCCAUGCAGUAACAUCACUAACAGACUAUCUCAAGGUGCUGGGUUCAGCCCCUCCCUUCUCACUGACGAGUUCAUCAAUUGUUUUGACGGCUCCUCUAGUCAUGUGACCUACAGAGCUGUGCACACUGGAACAGAAACUGUAUCUGCUGUGGAAUUCAUUAAUUGCACUCAUAGUACAAAUACCUGAGUUUGUUUGACUGCAAUGAAGGCAGGUCAUGUGCACACUUCCUUGACAUGACUUUUAUUAUUACCAUUGGAUGCAGUGUGCUUUCAGUAUCAUAAGUAGACUAUCAAGUGCUACAAGCUAUAAUUAUUAGCUACAUUAGGUAUAUGAUAUAUAUAUAGCUAUAAGGAGAAUGUUUCCUUCAAGGUUAUUUCUCUGUUGUCUGCUGGGAAGUGCUCCCCUAGUGUAUGGACAGCCAGCUUUAGUUCGACUGGCAGCAUCCAAUGAGCCCGAUGGCACUGACCACACUGGAGAGAUCAUCUCGUUCUCUGAUGUUGGAUCAGGAGUUGGUACUGAUCCACCAGCCUGGUAUUGCUACACCUACCCUGGUGGUGCAGUGUGGCAGGGUCCUGGUGGGAGUGAAUUGCCCAUAGUUCAGGGCAGGGCUGCAGUUAGGGAUGAACUGUUCAUCAGUGGUACUUUUAAUCCUGAUGCCGUUGUUCUGCAUCGUGGUCCCACACACUUCAGUCCUGAUGGAGAACACUGCUGUGUGAGGAUUGCCACCAAUGAGAGGAGAUGUGUCACCUUCACUCCCUGCCCCACACUGAGUCCCCUGUCUAAUGGAAGGAUCUCAUAUGAUGCAACCACCAGCAUGGCCACCUACACCUGUGACACUGGGUACACCAUCAGUGGAGCUACUCCGAUAACUUGUAUGAGUGAUGGUACUAGUGCUGGUACCUGGUCUCCAACACCUCCCACUUGUACAAUCAUCACCUGCCCUGUCCUAACCUCCCCUACCAAUGGAGCCUUGUCCACCACUAGUCGGCACUACCUCACUGUUGUUACAUACAGCUGUGAUACUGGCUACUUCCGCACUGGUAAUGGUGGUGCUGUUAGACAAUGUCUUGCUACUGGUCUGUGGUCAGCAGUGGCACCAACAUUUACUUGUCCACCUGUUGACUGUGGUUCCCUGGACACCCCCUCCAAUGGAAUAGUGGACACAUCCUCUGGGACCACCUUCAUGAUGACUGCUACCUACACCUGUAACACUGGAUACAACAUUGUUGGUAGUGAGAGCAGAACUUGUGGAGUAAGUGGAACAAGUGGAGCAACUACACUAACUGAUGGAGUUUGGAGUCCAGCUGAACCAGUUUGUGAAAUUGUCAACUGUGGUUCCCUGGACGCCCCCUCUAAUGGAGCAGUGGACACAUUCUCUGGAACCACUUUCCUCCAAAGAACUACCUACACAUGUAACCCUGGAUACACUCUGACUGGUGGAGAUAUGACCAGAACUUGUCAAGCUAAUGGAAUGUGGAGCUCCAGUGACCCUGCCUGUGAAUUCAUUGUCCUGUCCAUUGGAGGCACUGCAUACACUAACAACACAGCUCUGUCCUUCUCUCUCAUUGGAGAGGGAUCCUCUGCCCUCACCUGUCACAGUGAGCUAUCCACCUGCUGCAGGGAACAAGACAACCUCAAUGGAGGGGCUCUCGGAGGUUGGAGAGGACCAGAUGGGGUCAGUAUUCCCGAAGCAAGCAAUGCUUGUUCUUCAGAAGGAUUUUACGUCACUAGAGGCAUCAGCACUAUCAGCCUGAAUCGCUGUGGCACUGAAAUGCUGGCAGGAGGUGUCUACUGCUGCACUAUUCCCAGAGCUGGUGGUAUCACUCAAACAUUCUGUGUGGACGUGCAGGUUCCUAUACCAGCAACUGAGCCAGCCAGUACAUACACUGAUGGACCUACAGUUGCAAUGGGAGUGUUGCUAGCAGUUGCCGUGGCAGGAAAUAUUGUGUUCAUAACUUUACUGAUAUAUGUAGUUGGAAGAAAACAUACACAAGCAAGAUGUCAGCUCAGUGAUCAUGAGACCUACAAGAAAAAACAACAGCCAGUUUAUGAAGCUCCAGACCAGGUGGCCUGUUAUGAAGAUGUGAGCAAGCUGGGUGUGGGUGGCCCCCUCACAGCUAUUGAGCUGAGUGAGUGUCCAGCGUAUGCACCCACUGAGUCAAGGGGUGGGCAGAAGAGAGAGGAAGAUUGUAUCUAUGACAAUUAACACAACUAUAUUUGAGUACUCAUGUUUAUACCUUUUUGUAGUUAAUCAAUUCAUAGCUGCCAAUGU